AUGUUGAUGCCCAAGAAACAUCGUACACUCAUCUACGAAUAUUUGAUGAAGGAAGGUGUUGUCGUUGCUGAAAAAGACUUCGCUCUUGAUAAACAUCCAGCUAUACCAGUGCCAAAUAUUCAUGUCAUUAAAGCACUUCAAUCACUUAAAUCGCGCGAUUUGGUUAAAGAACAAUUUGCAUGGCGUCACUAUUAUUGGUAUUUGAACAAUGCUGGUACCAAUUACUUACGUGAAUAUCUUAAUUUACCACCUGAAAUUGUACCAGCUACACUUAAACGACCAACAAGACCAGAAGGAGCAAAAACAGCCAAACGAGUUGAUAACGUUCGACCAGCAUCACCAACCGACCAAAGUCGUCAAGAAUACCGUCGUGGCGGUUACGAUAAACAAGGAGAAGUUGGCGCUGGAAGUGCUCGACCAGAAUUCCGUGGUGGUUAUGGUCGAGGCCGUGGAUUUAAUGAUAGUAAUCGUGGUGGUCCCGGUAACGCUGAUCAACAAUAA